AUGCUUAUUUUCAAGGAUAUCCUCACCGAUGACGAGAUCAUCUCCGACUCCUACGACCUGAAGGAGGUCGACGGCAUCGUCUACGAAGCAGACUGUGCCAUGAUCACCGAGGAGGCCGUCAAUGUCGACACCGGUGCCAACGCUUCCGCCGAAGAGGCUGGCGAGUCUCUCGAGGACACCGCCAUCAAGGUCAACAACAUUGUCCACUCCUUCCGUCUCCAGUCCACCUCAUUCGACAAGAAGGGUUAUCUCACCUACCUGAAAGGUUAUAUGAAGGCUGUUAAAGCUGCCCUCCAGGAGCAAGGUGCCCCUGCGGAAACCAUCACCGCCUUCGAGAAGGGUGCUCAGACCUAUGUCAAAGAAAAGCUCCUGCCCAAUUUCAAGGACUUGGAGUUCUAUACUGGCGAAUCCAUGAAUCCCGAUGGCAUCGUCGUUCUCCUCAACUACCGCGAGGAUGGUACUACUCCCUACGUCAUUGUUUGGAAGCACGGCCUCAAGGAAAUGAAGGUUUGA